CAUUAAGUUAGCCCGUUGGUUUCAGCCGCUCAAGUCAAUCUGUGUUACAGUGACCAUCGUCGUCGUUGUCGUAGUAUUAUAGGAAUGAAUCAUUGAAUCAUCAUCAUAAAUCAUUAUUGUGCUCGACCUCGACGGCAGGCGACGACACCGGAAAGCGACAGUCGCGUUCAUUGAUCUUUUAUGUCGCGCGUGUAAGUGGGCAGGGCCAGUUGAAUCUACCGGUCACGAGGAAUUAGAGCUAACGACAACGGCGUAUAUUAUUGUCGCUCCUUGUUGCUUGUGCGGCUGUAACUGUUAGAGAGACUUCUCAGCGGCGAUUACAACGACAAUGCCCGAAGGACUACGCAACGCUAGCUGCAAAUUCACUUACUUUUAGUCGACCAGUUAGGCAAUCAGCCGAUCUCUCCGUCAGUUGCUGCUACGAGUGGUGGUUUCCAGCACGAAUCACAGCUGUGCAGACUGUGCAAAGCAGUGUGAAAACGUUGGUCAUAUGGGAAAAAGCUUUCGUUCAUUAUAGAGCCGUACCCGCGUUGUACUAAAGGCUCUUCUUUGGAACAAAUAGGAACAGGAAAAAUACAGGGAAGUAGGGCGCAUUGUGCCAGUGAUACGGUAGAUGAACACUAGCGCAGUUGUUCUAGGGAACAUAAGCGCUGCCUACCUGAAUUCAGCCUAACCAAACGUGGUGCAAAGUAGGACAUCACUAGGAUUUCGCGUUACGGUGACAUCUUUCAAGGUGCCUGUCACUAGAUGUACUAUACGAAAUAUAGUAGCUGCUAUGUGAGUCAUAACUGUGUUUUGACAAGGUGUGGUUAAAGUAUAGUUGCGUGUAUCAUUGGAGAAAAAUAAGUGUAAUCUCAUUCUGUGAUUCGAGGUUUACCCAUAACUUUCAUAAUGCCAUAACAUAACAUUUGAAAGAACCGCAUUAAAUACAAGUGCCGUCCAGUUACGUAUGUUGUGCAACUAUCUGUGGUCUACCCAGUUAAUGUCAGGAGUUUUCGUGUAAAAUAAGUUUCCGAGUCUGAACUAGUAUUUGAGAAACAAGACGUUUCGGCCCGAAGUGUUUAAUAACAUAACAAGCAAGUGUUGGCUGUCCGGUGCUCUGUGAUUUUAAGCAUAACACAUCUAAUUUCCCCGUGCGUUGUAGCUCAUAGAAGGGAAUUUACCUUUAAAAAUACAUAAUGAAGAGGCUAACAAAAUCACUUAGUUGGCCUUAACAACAUCUCUUGUUCAAUUUUACUAGCCUACAUAGCAUAGUCACGCCCGCUGAUUGAAUGAUGUGGUAUCGAUUUCUGAUUUCGAUAUCUGCCUCCUUCGUCGUAGACAUAGUUGCUUAGCAGUUUAAACAAUACACAUGUUCAGCAAGCGGCCAGCUACAACUAUUGCUACUGCGGCGUCUAUUUCUAUUCGACUAGCUCGUGAAUUAUAUCACUUCUGGUGUCGUCCUGUUCGUAGUAUGAGAGUAAUCAGUUCAUACAGCAGAUAAGAUGGACAUUGUAGCACGAGUUAUAGCUUGGCGAACGGCGUGUGGAGCCCGAUGCGGAUUUGCGGAUGACUCAAUUGAAUGGUCGUACUCUUCCUCGUCUUGCGAUGAGGGGCGCGGAGAGGAUACAUACGAUAGUGGCGCUCCAGCUGAGAGGAACAGUUGCGCACACUUGCUGGGUAACGCAAGUAGCAGCGACGACCUAGCUCGAAAUAUUCGUUGUGUAAAGAGUUGUGAUAGUUCAGAAUUCGUUUGUGUUGAUGGCCGUGUUGGAACCUACAUAGAUAGACGUAAUAAUGGUGAAGUUAGUGAAGCUCGAUUGCGACAUGUCAGUGAACUGGCUGCGAGGGACCUUUGCGACGAAGCAGCGGUGAAACCAGCAACUGCCUAUGAGAGGAUUAGUUAUCGGCGAAUACUGCAGCAAUCAAGUGGCGUCGGGAUCCGCAUUAUGCAAAACCAGCGUUUCGGAGCGGGGAAACAGGAUGUAUUUUGUACACACUUGGAGCUUAAGAGGAGACGAAGGAAAAGCCGCUUAUAUGUGCACUUCAAAAGCGAGAUCUUGGUUCUGUACAUCGAGCCAGGCAUCCGACUAGAACGGUUCCUGGCUGAGAUGCGCGAAGUAUGCGGAUUCUCUGAACAGCAACGUUUCACUGUAAAAUGGGUCGACGAAGAAGGUGACCCGUGUACGAUAGAGAGCCAAGAAGAGCUGGACGAGGCGAUUCGGCUUUAUGAAAUCAACAAAGAUUCCGAAAUCAAUAUUCAUGUGUUCCCAUCAAUUCCGUCGUAUCCCGGACUACCGUGCCCGGGCGAAGACAAGUCCAUAUAUCGUCGAGGUGCUCGACGUUGGCGGAAAAUUUAUCGCGUCAACGGCCACAUGUUCCAGGCGAAGCGUUUCAAUCGGAAAGCUUUCUGCACGUAUUGUAUGGAUCGCAUAUGGGGACUAGGGCGACAGGGGUUCAAGUGUAUCAACUGCAAACUUAUGGUACACAAGAAGUGUCAUAAGGCAAUAAAGUUACAAUGUGAUCGCAAGGGCGAAACCGGCGGGUAUGACAAUCCAGCACUUAAUGGAAAUAGUGUUAUACAGAGUGAUGAAGGAGGAGACAGUCGACUCAAUCUUCACCUUGCCCGAACAGGAACUGGACCCCGAGGGCCGCGAAGAAUCUUGCAAGAGGGCGAUGGGCAAAAUAUUGACGUUUUAGACCCGAUUGCGAGUCCGACAGGCGUUGGGCAUGCUAGCCAGGGAACAACUCCUGGCCAAUACAGCCUAGACGAUUUUGAGCUAAUCCGCGUUAUCGGCCGGGGAUCGUACGCGAAGGUGCUUAUGGUUGAACUCAAGUCAACAAAACGGAUCUACGCGAUGAAAAUCAUAAAGAAAUCGCUUGUUAACGAUGACGAAGACAUCGACUGGAUUCAAACGGAGAAGCAUGUCUUUGAGACGGCGUCGAACUUUCCAUUUCUCGUAGGCUUGCAUUCAUGCUUCCAGAGCGAGUCAAGAUUAUUCUUCGUCAUCGAGUUCGUGCGUGGAGGCGACCUUAUGUUCCAUAUGCAGCGGAUGCGGAAGCUCACCGAAGACCAUGCACGCUUCUACGCCGCAGAAAUCUCACUGGCACUUCAUUUUUUGCACGAACGUGGAAUCAUCUACAGAGAUCUUAAAUUGGACAACGUACUACUCGAUCACGAGGGUCACAUUAAGCUGACUGAUUAUGGAAUGUGCAAAGAAGGCAUUCGAAGAGAAAAUGACUUCGCGUCGACAUUUUGCGGAACACCUAACUACAUUGCUCCAGAAAUCUUGCGCGGAGAAGACUACCGCUUUAGCGUUGAUUGGUGGGCACUGGGAGUACUACUCUAUGAAAUGCUGGCUGGUCAUUCCCCAUUUGACAUCAUUGGUCAAUCGGACAAUCCAGACGAGAACUGCGAGGACUACCUUUUCCAGGCCAUCCUCGAAAAAACGAUACGCAUACCAAGGUCAAUUUCCGUACGAGCUCAAAAUGUCCUUAAGGGCUUCCUGAACAAGAACCCUGUGGAACGAUUGGGCUGUCACCCGACGUCAGGUUUCCCCGAUAUAUGUACACAUCCGUUUUUCAAAGCAAUCAAUUGGGAACAAUUGGAGAGCAAGCAGAUUUCUCCACCAUACCGGCCAAAAUUGGACACAGAACGAGAUUUCGAACACUUUGACCCGCAGUUCACCUCAGAGCCUGUAUGCCUCACACCUGACGACCCGAAACUUAUAAGUAAGAUCGACCAGACGGAGUUUGACGGCUUCGAGUACGUCAACCCCCUGCUAAUGUCAAUGGAAGACAACGUGUGAGAACCUAUCGUUACGCAUGUGAACCUAUAAGAAAGCUCGAGACAACCUAAUGGCUAACAAUCAUCACGAUGACCUUCUAAGUGAAAUCGACUGCUUUCGUUGCAUCUAUGCCUCAGCGAAAUAGAGCGCAGGGAUUAGAGUUCUACAUGGUCAAGUAUGAGCCUCAUUAAAUGCGAGCAAGGGAAAAAACGACAGGGGCAAAACAAGCGGAACACGAAUGAUGUUUAGGGGGUAUAGUACUGGUAGAAUUCAUCAUCCUAAAGUAGGAAGUAGCUCUCAUCUCCAGUUUAUUAGAUUCUACAGUUUCAUUAGAACUACAUUAGGCUCCCGCCAUAAAGACAUAUACUUGGUCAUUGCUACAUAGAGGGUACAUUUACUACAUGUGAUUUGUGAAUAGGGACUGUACAGUGAAAUUUUUACCGACUUUUCGGGUACCAACCCCCAAAAAUGCUAAACAGUUUUUAUGGCAAGUAACAGAGGAACGAGAAACGGGGACUGCUUAGCAGGAUAUAACCGGACGUUAAAGAGAAACCGUUAGUUUGAUGUUUCGCUUCUCCAGGUAAGCUAGGAUCGAAUGAAGUGCCUAUACACAACGUUUUAUUAAUGUAUGUACAGAAAACUUAUACACGUGACUAAUCAUCGUUAACAAAUGCCCCACCGCUGUAACUCGUGUAGGAAGUGCUGACCGAUAAAUGAGUACAUGUUACGCGAAACAGUUAGGAUGUCUUUUUUAUUGGAUAAAAGACACCUGCCUAUUAGCAAUAGAUUAUUUCAUAUUUUGAUUAAGUGUGCCAAGUUUUCCGCGAUAAAAUGACUGAAAAGGAAAAUUAUGAGGUACCAAUAUGUUUUGGAGAUUUACCCAUCGUGUAAAAAUAACAAAAUAUCAACAAACACCCACACGAUUAUUAACAACUUGUAUUAUAAUAACUGCACGUAUGCGGGGAACAGGAUACAUUCCUUUCUUAACUUGGCUAACUUAGGCACUAACUCUGUUGAUAACAUCGGCAAAGUCUACUUACUAAAGAAUUAAACAAUUUCGAUGAUAUAUAUAUCAUUAUUGUUUAUCGUAAGCGGCCCGUAUUUUUCGUAUGUUUUAGCCUUGAGAUCGUUUUUGUUAUUUAAUAAAGUUUACAGGACAAGACCAAAAGCAACUUAUUGAGACAUAUCGUCACGAAUGAAUCUCGAAGAGAGGAUGAACGUCGCCAAGGCCCGGCCGGAUCAGGCUACGUUGUACGGUGCGAUUACGUUAUGCGCGAUCAAGUGGCCGAAAUAGUCUUUUGGGUUUCAUCCGUUUGACUGUGAAGCUGGUAGAGGAUGUUUCUCUAGAAAAUUAGCUUUAUUGAAUACAGUUGGGCUUUGGACAAAAAACAAGAAUUGCAAUGCUGCCUUAUUUAACAAACAAAAAAAAAAAAAGGAACAUAUUAGAUAUUCUCAAUUUUCUCGUUUACGAUAUUAUUAAUGUGAAUAGGGUUUUAGUGCAGAAAAAGGGGAUAGAUGGCACGACAUAUUCAAAGUGCGCCUGAUACGAAUGAUAUGCCUGUUUUGUUCACACUAACAUUGAAUAUAACUGUAAAGGAAUACUGUCCCACCUGUUUUUUUUAAUCUUUCUUGCACAUGAAAAGAUUGUCGUUACAUUUAGUAUAUAAUACUGACUGUCGAACGCAAAAAGAUUUUGAAAAACGUUUUCAGAGGCAGGAAGUCCCUGCGAAACAAGCAACAGGCCACCAAUUUGUAUUUAGUGUACACACACAAAAAUAAUAGAAAAAAAAAUUGUGCCUAAGCAAAGAACAAAAGCAGUACAAAAGAUCAGAUCGUAUGUAGUCGGUUAACAUUCAGAUUUUCCUCAACAGCAAUAGAGGAUCAGUCUGUCCACCUGUUGAUCAUUCAAUACACCGACAAAGGAACGUAUUAAACAGUGUGACAUCAAGCAAGUGGUCCCGUCCUAUUUCUCGUAGUAGCUAACGAAAUGUCCAAGAGAUAGCGAGACGGAUAGAAAGAGAAAAUCGAUACGAACGAUUUGUCUAUGAGUACAUAUGCGAUAUAGCGUAAAUCCGAAAUUGGCAGCUUGGCUAGGCUUUCAUGCACAGUAACUUCACGCUAGUACGAUCACUGGAGUUUACGUUUUAACACAAAUCUGGAAUACUAUGCGAAUGGGUGCGUGAAGUAAGUAGAAUGCAGAAGACAGAAAUAAGUUAAAAACUUGAUUAGCAUCACUGAAGGUACACACAGAGGAGCAAUCGCAAACUCUUCCGAGAUUUAUGGCAGAUCGCUGUAAAAAUGUGUGAUGACAAUGAAGAGAAACGCUAUAUGAUUAUUAAUGAUUAUCAUUGUUUAAUGUAAAGGGUUUAGCACUUAUAAAAGACGUGAUCACAAUUGCUAGAGGCCGUGUAUCUUCAGAAGUGGAUAAAUAGCUAUGGUAUAACCUGUAUUGUUACAUGUAAAGAUAUAACUAACCUAGUUAAUUAUUAUGAUUUGAUUAAGACAUAAUACGAACAAACGCAGCUCCGGAAUGCCCGGACAGGGGCAGCACUGUACCCUAAAGCAGCUCUGUUAUUAUGUAGCGUUUCAUUUUUUUUUUUGCAUAUAUUCAAUAAUAAUAAUAAUAAUUCGAUUUUGUCUGCAGACGCACACUUCCACGUUUUUCGAACUCGAUUUAACAUGAUUUAACGAUUCUCUGGGUAGCUAGCUGCAUACAACGUAACGUAUUUAUCGGUUGAGACGAUACAUCUCAAGCAGUAUGAUUUACUAUUGAAGGCUGAUACUAAAACGCUACGGAGAUAUCUUCAGGUAACACAAAAAUUGUGUUCAACAGAUUUUUGUCAGCUACGCUUAAUGCUAGACGAACAACACCGCUUUUUCUGUCCAUGAAAAGUCGAUGAGAACAAAUACUGUUUUCAAUUCUUACAUAGAUUUUCUAUAUGCAAUAUGGUAUACAGCAUAUUUGAAUUGUUGCGCCACGUAGAACGAAUUCAAUGUUGAACUACGGCGAGAAAGCGAUACAAGUAGCAUGUUUUAAAAGGUGCCUUAGAUGAUGAUAAAUGAAGGUAAAAUACUGUGUAAAUGUUAGAGAAAUAUGCCUGUAAGGACAAAAAGAGGUAGCAGUCGCAGCGAAGUUAACCGCUGUUUCUCCCCCAACCGAACACUGAUACUAACACCCCCAGAAUGGGAGAGUUCAUCUGUGGGGUCGUAUAGUUGGUGGAUCGAUGCAUUUGUUUUUCGUGUAAAGUAAGCCCGUGUGCUAAUAAAGAUCAAUAAAUAGGCUCACCGUAAUUAGCAGUAAACAGUUGACCCUAAAUGCGUCCUAGAGCGUAGCUGUUGUGUGGUUAAUGAUGACGGUUAUUGGCCGUGCUGGAAAUCUUUAUAAUGCACUAUUGUUAAAGUAAACAAUCAAAACAAUGGUUUUCAUAGGAUGGUGGCAGCGACAGAGAGACAGAUUGACGUGUCGCAAUUAUGAGCGGUUUUUAUUCAGGCAGAAGAAGAACAUUCGACGCCGUUAGCGUAAGAAAUACAUUAAACAAAUUAUAUUAUUGCAGAGCAAAAAAUUUUUCCAAGAAUAGAGGGACAAGCGAGCAGUCGGCGUGUAACAACGAUAAAAAAGUUUGUUUUACGAUGAUAUACACUAAAUGGUUAAUUACAUGGUUAGUGUAGACGUAUUUUACAAAACAAAUGAAGACGAUUUGUUCGACGAUCAAAAGUGAGGAACCGUAUCCAUAAACUUAUCCGCAAAUCGGCGCCGUCCGCUUGCAUAUAUAUACAUAUAUGUGUAUAUAUAUAUAUGUGUAUGUAUAUAUAUAUAUGUGUAUAUAUAUAUACAUA